AUGGCUUCCCCUAGCGUUCUCACUUUUGACGCUGAGGGUCGGGCAGUGGACUUUGAGGUCUGGGUAGAUGAUCUGCAGCUUUUUCUGCAGUGCGAUAGGGCAGACGGCCUCUCCCUGUUUGACCUCACUUCUGGUGCCUCCCCUGCCCCUACUGCUGAUGCUGACGCCACUGUUCGCUCACAGUGGGCCACACGUGAUGCUGCUGCUCGCCUUGCUGUUCCCCGUCACUUACCGACCACUGAGCGUGCGCACUUUAGCCAGUACAAGAGUGCUCAGACCUUGUACGACGCUGUAGUUGCACGCUACUCCUCCCCUGCCACUACUGCACUUAGCCGCCUCAUGCUUCCCUUCCUCUUCCCUGACCUUGCUGCCUUUCCCACUGUCGCUGACCUCAUUACGCACCUCCGCACUCUUGACACUCGCUACCGCGCUGCGCUUCCUGCUGAGGACCACUUCCUCUCUGUUUGCCCCACCACUCUCACCGUUCACCUCCUCGAGAAGGCCCUCCUAACGAUAGAAAAGAGCAUAGUCGUUGUAGGAGCCUCUCGUGGUGACCCUCGCACCCCCAUCUUCGAGGGGUGUUCUCCCUCCCCCCUCUUGCCCUCUGUCGCCUCUGCUGCUGCGGCCGACCUCGUUGGUUUCGAGUCGGUCGGCCCUGCGUCUGCCCUGAGAGGGAGACGCCGCACCGGCAAGGGCAAGGGGGGCAAGGGCUCUGGAGGGGGUGGAGGGGGCGGUGGAGGUGGUGGUGGAGGCGUUGGAGGGAGUGGGGGUGGUGGUGGUAGUGGUGCCGGGGGUGGUGGUGGCGGCGGCAGCAGUGGAGGCGGCGGAGGCGGUGGAGGUGGCGGAGGGAGCGGAGGCGGCGGAGGUAGUGGAGGAGGCAGAGGUGGAGGAGGCGGCGGAGGCGGCGGAGGCGGCGGUGGCGGUGGCGGCGGCGGAGGCGGUGGUGGUGCGAGUCGCGACUCUGCGCCGAGGAGUGGCUCCGGUGGUGGUCAGCGCCAGCAGCAGCACCGGAGCGAAGUGACCAUGUCCCCUCAGCAGCUUCGUGAGUGGUACACUGCACGCCAACGAGGUGGGGGUUUUGGUCCCUGCUCCUACGUUCUCCGUACCGGCGACCGCACUGGUGAGCAGUGCGGAGGUCCGCACUCCACCCAACGCUGCUUCGGCUCUUGGUGCUAG